AUGUUCACAAAGAAUAAAAUUAUUUCUCAAUCAAAUAAAGAAAUUCAAGUCCCACUUCACGAAGUUAACGUUAUAAUCGAGCCAUUUGAGUAUGAACUUAAACAAGCAUACAAACCCACAGUUACUCGAAAGAUGCACAACCCAAUAAGAAAAACUUCGUCGCGUAUUGCGUCACUUAGGGCUUAUAAUCCCUUUGUUGUGAAUAAGGAAAAUGAUUCUGACGACGAAGGUACUUUGAAUCUUCGAGGAGGAAAAAAGCGCCGAGUGGGAACGUUCGAACGACAAUUGAGAAAAGUGUUAAAGGAAGAUAAUGAAGAGGAGGAAGAAGAGAAAGUGGAACAAGUACAAGUUAUCAAAUCUAAAAGAACUCGACAAGUAAUUGCUGUGCAUGAAAGAGACGAAAAAGGUUGGGAACGAUACUUCGCAGACCAUAGCGCAUCAUCAGCCCGAACUUCAUUUCACACUCUUUCGAAACUUCCCGCGUUCGAACAAAAGGAUUUGAUUGAAACUAUCAAUUCGCUACCGUUAAAACACCAAGAUCAAUUAGAUCUUAUUAGCAAAAAAUACGAGACUUUAUUCUCUCAAUGGUAUUAUCAACUCAGAUGUGGCUUUAAUAUAAUAUGUUACGGAUAUGGUUCCAAACGAGGAAUACUUGAGAAAUUCGCACGUGCACGAGACGAUAUACACGUCCUCACUAUAAAUGGAUUCAUGCCCAAAACCACGCUCAAAACCAUUUUACGCGACAUUAUUCAAGGUUACUUGAAUGAACAACCACGCGGCUCAAUGGAACAACAGACGAAAAACAUUGUCACAUACUUUUCAGCCCCAAAUUGCGAAAUCGAUAAAUUGUACCUGGUUUUCCACAAUAUUGACGCUCCACAACUUCGCGCUGAACAAACGUACCACUGUCUCAGCAUCAUUGCUUCUUGCCCAAAUAUCUGUCUUAUCGCCUCUACGGAUCACAUCAACAUCGGGCUGCUAUUCGAUCAGAUGACCACGUCUCGUUUCAAUUGGCUAUGGUUUGAAUUGGCCACCUUCCAACCCCACAAGAUCGAACACAGCUUUCAAAACUCGUCGUUAAUGAGUAGCGAAUCUGAAUUAAGCCCGCAAGCAGUUUAUCACGUUUUAUCAAGUUUGUCUCAACGUGCACGUGGUGUAUUCAAGACUUUGAUUGAACAUCAGAUUGCCGAAGCCGAAAAGUCAAGCAAACAUCUCAAGCCUAAAGACACGGGAAUAGAAUAUAAUAUAUUGUAUGAUAAAUGUAGGAGAGAAUUUCAUGUCAAUAGUGAUAAUACAUUCCGGGGACAUCUAACCGAAUUCCGCGAUCAUCGCAUAAUUCAGUCUUAUCGAAGCGCUUAUGGAACUGAUAUCCUUUACGUUCCACUGGAUUCUGACAGGUUGAAGGGUAUUGCUGAGAAAUUAGAAGAACUGGGUGAAGAUUAG